UGAAAAAUUUUUCUUCAAAUAUUGACCGUUUGUACAGCUUUCAUGCACCUCUCGUAUCUCCAUGCUUUUCUAUUCAGUUGCUUCUCUUGAUUUUUCCUUUCUUUUUCAUUCAGUGGCUUCUCAUUCUUCAAUGAUCUUGCCUCCUAGUCCUAACCCUUUAAUUUGUUGUUUGGGUUCAGUUUUAGUUUCAGUUACCGAACACAGAUUUUCAAAUAUUUCUGCAGAAUUUGUUUCUUGAACUUGUCAAAACGCUUGGCCAUCCGUGUAGUUAAACUUUUUUUUUUUUUUUUUUUUUUUGUGUGGGUUUCUUCUAAUUAUUGAAUGGGCAAUACUUUUCCAUCAGAUUUGAUUAUUGUAUAUAUCAAAUACCAGUUUUUGAGAGUUUUAAUGCAAAGGGAUGGUUGUGCAGAGGUCUGUCUUGGAAAGUUUCUGAACUUUAGUGGCCUGCUUGAGUUUUGGAGUCUAUUGGGGGGUUUUCUUCUCUCUUAAGACUUGUUUGGUGGUUAGAGUCAUUACAAAUAUACUUCUUCAUAGAUUUUUAGUGUUCCUAUUUUUUUUUCUCUCUCACUAUUGGUUUUUGCUAUCGAAAUACUAUUCUUUGGAAUUGGGUUUUGUUUUAGUAGAAUAACUCGGUUGUCAGGUGAAAAUAUAUUCAUGAAAGUUGUCUUCUUUGAGUAACUAUGACAAGCUUUGAGGGACUUCUUUAUGAAAUUUAGGUGUUAAACAGUUUCCGUUAUGUUUUUGGAUGAAAAUAGUUUUAUAUUCAGAUGCCAGAUGUUCCAGUUUUAGAGUUCCCGUUCGUGGAUUUUAGAUUUCACCGGCAUUUUCUUAGAAUGAGCAUCUCUGAAGGAGCUUCCAUUUUUUUGGUUAUGCUUCAAUUCAUGACAUUACAAAUUUGUCACAAGAUAGCUGUUGGGUAAGUUCAGAUGCUGAACUGCUAGUGUGACUUUGCGUUUCCUUUUCUUCGAUAGUCCAGCAUUCUUUGUGUUCAGAGAGUUUCAGAUUUAGCUUAGAAGUCUUUAGGAGCGUUCAAAUCAUUGUUGGAGAGGGAAGAAUUAGCAUUUUUUUUCCAGUUGCACAAAAUGGAGCAUUCUGCAGCGAUCUCGGAUUACAGGGCAGCAGUCGAAAUCACAAAGGACUCGAAUGGGAUCGAUCAGGUUGUGCUUCGGAACCCACAAGGGGCUUCGGCACGGGUUAGCUUGCAUGGAGGACAGGUAACUUCUUGGAGAAAUGAGCAUGGGGAAGAACUCCUUUUCACUAGUAAUAAGGCCAUUUUCAAGCCCCAAAAACCAGUGCGGGGAGGAAUACCCAUUUGUUUCCCACAGUUUGGAAACGGCGGAUCUCUAGAACAGCAUGGAUUUGCGAGAAACAAGAUUUGGAUAAUUGAUGAUAACCCUCCUCCUCUGCGCCCUAAUGAUUCCCAUGGGAAAUCUUUCGUUGACCUACUACUUAAACAAUCGGAAGAAGACCUAAAGUUCUGGCCCUAUAGCUUUGAGUUUUGUCUUAGGGUGUCUCUUGCAACAAAUGGAGAUUUGAUGCUGAUAUCACGGGUUAGGAAUGUAAAUGGCAAGCCAUUUAGUUUCUCAUUUGCCUAUCACACGUACUUGUCAGUUUCUGACAUAAGUGAAGUAAGAAUAGAAGGGCUGGAGACACUUGACUACCUAGACAAUCUUUGCCAAAGAGAACGUUUUACUGAACAAGGAGAUGCCAUAACUUUUGAAUCUGAGGUGGAUCGAGUUUAUCUUAGUUCUCCUAAUGUAAUAGCAGUCCUUGAUCAUGAAAAGAAGAGAACGUAUGUUAUAAGAAAGGACGGACUACCAGAUGCUGUGGUGUGGAACCCUUGGGAGAGAAAAUCAAGAUCAAUGGUAGAUUUUGGCGACGAGGAAUACAAACAGAUGCUUUGUGUUGACGGGGCAACAAUAGAUAAACCUGUCAUUUUGAAGCCAGGGGAGGAAUGGACAGGGCGAGUGCAGCUCUCAGUUGUGCCAUCAAGUUUCUGUAGUGACCAACUCAAUCUUCAGGAGUGGUUUUGAUGAAUGGUACAAAAUCUCAAGAGCACGAGGAUGUUACUUUAAUGUUUAAUAUAAUAUCUCAAGUUCCACGUUGAAGGAGAGGAAAUAUAGAAAAACUGUGAUUUCUCAGAGUAUGCUCAUAGGAAAAGUUAUGUUUUAAUUGAAUGGCUGCCAAAGGAACUUUGGAUAAGAAUUGCAGCAUAAUCAGUAACAUUUUCCUAAUAAUAUGAUUAAGUGUCUGCUCAAACCCCAUUGCCAAAAUAGGGAUUUGAGCAGAGCUAGGUUUCCUUC